UGUUGUCUGACAGAGGCUGUUGCUCGGAUGGUAAGCACCCCUCACUUCCAAUCUAAAUGGGGAGAGAAGCAACAAGGAUUCUUGAUCAUCAACAUGUUGUAGAUAUCCACACAUUAACGCGGUCCAAGAAACCACAUUUCUUUCAGACAUUUUGUCAAACAUGAAGCAAGCCAAUUCCAUUCUACAUAUCAAUGAGAUCAUUGUUUAUCAUCAACAUGAUAUUAUAGCAGACAAAGAUUCUGAGAUCGAACCUCACUACCACUCAUAUCAAAAAGAAUUUACACAUGCUUGGCCCGUGAAAAAGAAUCAGGCCCGUACGUAAGUGGCAUGUUGAAAAUAUAAUUAACUAAUAAAAAUGUGUUCUCUCUAACAGCUCUACAAGUCACACACUUCUACAAGUCACACACUUCAAAACUAAAUACAACUCCAUUUGAACUUGCUUUCCCAUAUCUAAACACAAAAAACUCUUGGCUUAUAAUUGACUCUUGUAAAUAUUCGUAUUCAGUCAAUAACAAUAUUAACUAGUUAUUCUUUAAUAUAAUACGUCCACAUCCAUAUCCACAUGGUACAUACAAUCUCUCCGCGUAGAUAUAUUUAUCUUUUAAAUUUGAGAUAGUCUAUCAUAUAAGGAUAUUGACUUCACAAAAUGUGGAUUUUUUUUUACAAGUAACAGUUGGUAUGAUUAAAAUAUCAUACAAGUAAAGAUAUUGUCUAUUGAAUGAACAAUAUUCUGCCGUCCUUCAUAGUGAAGACUAAAACAAAGUAUUUUUGUCUUUAACUUGUGCUGGCAUUGCAACACUGGAUUUUACGAAGCUUUCGAUUCUCCCUAUAUGUCUAUCAUGUUAACUAAUAUAGCUUGAUAAACCUAGUAAAUGCUUCAUACUUUGUGUAUAUGGUGAUAUCGAAACGUGAGAUGCAGCCUUUAUCCGCCUUGUUCUUUUUUCUUGGAACUCUACUUGUUCUGUUACUUGUCAUAUUUAUCUUAUGCAAGUUUUUCAAACUAGGAAAACUGAUUACUAGCACAUUUAAGCCUCUUCCAGGUUUUGUUUUGUUUCGAAUUCAUGUUACUUUGAGUAUCUUAUUCGUUAAUAAAAAAUAUGUCUUUUUUUCGGAUGAUACAGGGACGAGUAAUGCUGUUAGUGUACAUCUUCAUACAAUAAGCUACUUUAACUUUCAUACAUUGGAGAAAGCUACGAAGAAUUUUCACUCGGAUAACCUCCUUGGAUGUGGUGGAUUUGGUCCUGUUUUCCUGGGGAAGUUAGGAGAUGGACAAUUAAUUGCUGUCAAGAAGUUGUCUGUUGACAAAUCGCAGCAAGGGGACCGGGAGUUUCUUGCUGAGGUACGGAUGAUAACAAGUAUACAACACAAGAACCUUGUCCGCCUUCUUGGUUGUUGUUCAGAAGGGGAUCAGAGGCUUCUCGUGUACGAAUACAUGAAGAAUAGGAGCUUGGACCAAAUACUAUAUGGAAAGAGUAAGAUAUUCCUAGAUUGGAAAACUCGGUACCAGAUAAUCUUAGGGAUUGCGCGGGGAUUACAAUAUCUUCAUGAGGAUUCACACAUUAGGAUUGUUCAUAGGGACAUCAAAGCCAGUAAUAUUCUGUUGGAUGACAAAUUUCAACCAAGAAUCGGAGAUUUUGGCCUAGCUAGGUUUUUCCCUGAAGAUCAAGCAUAUCUCAGCACCGCAUUUGCUGGAACUUUAGGUUACACAGCUCCUGAAUAUGCACUUAGAGGAGAAUUGACAGAAAAGGCUGAUAUAUACAGUUAUGGUGUUGUUGUGCUAGAAAUAAUCAAUUCUCGGAAGAAUACAGAUCUUUCUUUGCCUUCAGAAAUGCAGUAUCUCCCCGACUAUGCAUGGAAGCUAUAUGAAAGAUCAAGAUUAAUCGAUCUAGUUGAUCCAAAGAUGUUGGAAAAUGGGGUGGCGGAAAAGGAUGUAAUGCAAACAAUACAUGUAGCUUUCUUAUGCCUUCAGCCUCAUGCCAAUUUAAGACCACCAAUGUCUGAGAUUGUUGCAAUGUUGGUAACCAAAGCUACACCAACGCCUCCGCCUUUCUUAGAUCCAGAGUUGAGGAUCGGUAGGACGAUAACAGUACAUGGUUGACUCAUUUUCACCACAAAUGUAUAUAUCUUAGGAAGGUAGAAAAGAUUUUUUAGUGUGUUGUCAAUAGCAUUUUGGCUAUGUAAUUCAGCCAAGGUUCAUUUUUAGUUUCUAUGAGUAUGGGGAGAAGUCUAGUUUCUAAUGUAUUAUAAGUAGAGGAAAUAA